AUGGCAUUUAAUAUAGGCAGUAUCUGGCCUCAAGUUAUCUUCCAUCUUUCCUAUGUGUCUGCCACAAUUUUAGGUAACUAUGCAAGAGAGGGUACGACUGUAUUAGCUACGUAUAAACCAUCAUAUGUGGAACCUGGUAGUGUCAUUUGGAGCAAUUUAACAUCAUGUAUCGUAAUGGGGAUGUUACAAGAAUUAAAUGCUGCAAAAUGGUUUGCACCUGAUGACUUGAAAUCCUUAUUUACAGUAUUAACUACAGGAUUCUGCGGUGCAUAUUCGUCAUAUUCCACACUGAUGUUGGAAACGUUCCAACAAUCAACGAGUUUAUCGCCAUCAAAUAUUAAAGAGCAUAUCAAACUACCUAAUAGAGCAUUUGGUAUGAAAGAGUUUUUAGCUGUUUUAUUAACCCAAUUGUUCACCUCAAUGGGUGCCUACCUUUUCGGCAGAGGUUUAUCCAAAUCAAUUAUUGUACCGUUAACAAGCAAUAAGACCGCCGUCAAACGCAACCAAGAUGAUGAGGAAAAUAAGCCGGAAACAAUUGAGACUGUUGAACUAGUACCUAAACCGUGGGUUCAUAAGAUGGUACGCCUUUGUCAAUGGUUACUUGCAUUACUCGCAAUCCCCCUUAUUGCAACGAUCCUCGUAUUGACUAUAGUAUAUGGUAACUAUUCUCGUGGUAAAUGGACACUGUUUGCGCUAUUCGGGAUAUUCGGUAGUUAUCUAAGAUACCAACUUUCGAAUUGGUGCAAUGGAUGGAUCAAAAAUUUCCCAAUGGGUACAUUCAUCGCCAAUGAAUUGGCUGUUAUUUUAAUCGCAUGUUUCCAAAUUAUUAUCAGAGGCAGGAAAAACUAUCAUGAACAGAGGCCUGUUGCUCAUACUAUGAACUCCUGUCGGGUAACUACAGCACUGGUUAGCGGAUUUUGCGGUUCUCUAAGUACAAUUAGUACUUUCAUCAACGAGGCUUACAAACUAGAAUUUAACUACAUGCUAAUCUACUAUUUUGUCUCUGUCUUUGUCUCCUAUUCUUUACUAGUGGUAAUAAUGGGAUCUUACUCUUGGACAAGGGGCCUGACCAUACCUAUGUGUUGA